GUGCAUAAAAUUCUGUUUGUGAAUAUAAAAGGUGAUAAUGGGGGUAAGUACGUAGCAAUAACGUAAUAGAUGGAUUCUUUAAAAUCCGGGAGACGAGCCACCGUGACGUCGUCCCAAUGUACCAAUUCAUACUUUGCACAACAUAAAGUGGCAUGAUAUUACAAACGUAAGAUCGAGUGGGAUGUUUUUUUUCUUUGUGGUUUCCUUUGCGUGCGCGCGCACAAACGACAGAUGUUGGCGUCAUAGCAACGAGCCUCAACAAAAGUGAAGUCAAGAAGAUGGCGACGCAGAGAGAACAAGAUGCCGCUGAUUAUCUGAAAAAACAUAAAGUAAUCGAGCUCAUGGACAAUCUGACCAGUAUGCUCUUCUUUUACAGACCCGAAAAACCCAGAGAGUUUCUUAUUGAGCAGCUGGAACAGCUAAAGAAUUCCAAACAAGGUGGCGUGAAAGGGCCAAAUAUGUUUGACGACUCCAACUUGGACGCAGUCUUCGGAAUACUGGAUCCCACUAAUCAAAACUACAUCACUUUUGAACAAUACAAGCAGGCACUGAUCACACUGGGCAUCAAGGACAUUAAUGAAUGCCCUGAAGGUAUAAAUGAAGACAGAAUAUCUCACAAGACAUUCAAAACAGAAGCACUACAGGGCCUGCAGAGAUGCUCAGGAACUUAUGGACACUUUUAGCUUCAGCUGAUACUUUUGUGAUACAAAUGUGCAAAGGGACCCCGAAAAAGAAAUAGCAUUGCACCACAGUGCCAUAGUAAAGAGUAAUGAAGAAAGGAAAGUUGAUAUGAUGUUACUGGAUGGCAAAGGAAAGAAAAAUAAAUAAAUCAUGGUUUGGACAUACAUGGUUUAUUAAGAUUUAUUUUAAAAUGGAAGUGAUAGUUCCAGUCGGUUAAACAAUUGGUGGUGGUAAUGCACCAGAAAGUUGCCAACCACCAUUACAUAACCAAGAAGAAGAAGAAAAAGAAGAAGAUGACAAACAAAAAUCUUACACAAAGAUCAGUUUGGAGCCCAGCCAUCGUGG